AACAAUGCACGCCAACACUCCAUUUACGCCUUCUUGAACCUGAGUUCAAGUCAUCAAUACCCCAUUCGGUAAUAAUGCGGCUUACUUCCAAUCGGUUAUCUACCACGGGAACCACCCCAAGUUUUGAAACUACGCCGAUGCCACGUGGAGCGCCUUCUAGCAAUAUAUGUUGGUCCUACCUGCUGCGCCGUAGCGUCAUAUCGCGACUCAUUUCACUUCUUGUAUAUUAUAAUAUAGCUGGAUAGGUGUUCUUUGGUUGCGAGGCUUCGCGUCCACUCCUUCAGAAUGCCAACGAUUCGGUUGCGAGCGACGAGUAUGGCGGAUACUACCUCGAUACCAGCAGAUCUAAUUGCGGCGGCUACGAUAUGUCUGUUCUUGACAGCAUCGGCGGUGUUUGCGCGCAUGUAUACGAAGGUUGUUGACUUGAGGCAUACGCAAGUAGAUGACUGCGCCGUCGUCUUCGCAGGAAUUGGCUUCGGCUCUUUCGCAGCUCUUCUCUUCGUCGGUGCCACCGCUGGCCUAGGCGAUCAUAUUUGGACCAUAACCGCUGAAGCCCUCAAGCGCGCGUAUCUCUACUCCAAUAUUCUCGAAAUUAUCUACGCCCCGAUAAUGUUCGCCGCCAAGUUCGCAAUCCUCGUCCAGAUCGAUCGAAUGUUUUCCGGUGUUCGGAAGAAGCUGAUCUACUGGGGCGUACGGGUGCUGAUCGUGCUGAAUGCCGUCUGCUACACGGCUAUGUUCUUCGCGCACAUCUUUGCUUGCAUGCCUCGCGCAAAGAUCUCUGACCCUUCGCUGCCGGGGGAAUGCAUUUCGCAGAAUGCAACUAUCAUUGCUACGGGAACUAUCAACCUCACUUCCGAUGUUGCCAUCUUGCUUUUCGCGGUAUGGGGUGUCAGCAGGCUGCAUCUGACCGCAAAACGGAAGACAUUGGUCGCCCUGGUUUUCAGCGUAGGCAGCUUCGCAUGCGUCGCUAGUGCUUGCCGGCUCGUCUACGGGGUAAACGUCGACGGCAACCCGGACUUCACGGCUGCCAUUUGGCCUAUGCAUCUAUGGGCCCUCGCCGAACUCACCUCCGUCAUCUACGUCGCCUGUUGCCCAACCUUCCCUCGCCUCAUCCAAUACAUGCAAGGCAAAACUCUCCAGCACGCGCACCGCAACGCCCACGAGAGGUGGCUAUCAAGCGCCUCAUCCACCGAAUACCUCUCGGAAAAGCAGCUCUUCAGCCCCGCCCUGACCGCCCCCGUCCCCCGUCCCUCCGUCGAGAAACCCCUCCCGCGCGCACCGCUCUCCCAAAUAACCACAGCCCCCACCUUCAUCACGACCCUGACCCGCAACCCCUCCCGAGACCGCCCAAUCUCGCACCUCUCCUACGAUACAUACACCGCCGCCGCAAUGCGCGAAACCCUCUUCAGCGUCGACGAUGCCGCGACCUGUGUGAGCCCUGUUUCGCCGGCGCGCACAGAGUUCUCGCGCUUCUCGCUCGCUACGGUCAAGUGUGCGACGCAGAUGAAGGUGACGCCCGUGUACUUCAAGACGAUUAAGAAGACGGUCGAUGUCAGGAUUAGUAACCACACGAAUCCGGGGAGUCCGUUUGGGGGCGGGAGUGGGAGGCCGGAAGCGGCGUGGUAGACGCACGUGGGGAGGAAGAGGAGAGUCACGUGCGUUCACGAUGGGCAGAGAGUGUCGAGCUUGGCACGGCGCAGCUCGAUAGAAUGUGCUGGAUCACAUGUCCUAG